CGAGUCAAAUAAACGCGGAACCGGCUUCCCGUGCAUGACACGCGCGUAAGAAGCUAAACUAAACAUUCUUUGAAUAAACAACGUAUCUCAAAUUAAUAAAACACAAUGGAAACGAUUUUAGAGCAACAACGUCGAUACCAUGAGGAGAAAGAGAGGCUUAUGGACGCUAAAACAAAGGAGAUGCUGACGAAAAAAACUACGCUGAGAGACCAGAUCAACUCAGAUCACAGAGUGAGAGCUAUGCUGGAUAGAUACAUGGAAGUGAGUGCAAACCUCAGAGACUUGUAUGAAGACAAAGAUGGUAUGAGGAAGGAUGAGCUGAAUGCAAUAUCAGGACCAAACGAGUUUGCAGAAUUCUAUAAUCGACUCAAGCUGAUCAAGGAAUUUCACAGAAAGCAUCCUAAUGAGAUCUGUGUGCCCAUGUCUGUGGAGUUUGAAGAGCUCAUGAAAGCCAAAGACAACCCUAGCGAGGAGGCACAAAACUUGGUGGAGUUCACUGAUGAAGAGGGUUAUGGGCGAUACCUGGAUCUCCAUGACUGCUACCUAAAAUAUAUUAAUCUAAAAGGAGUAGAGAAACUGGAGUAUGUUACCUAUCUGUCAACAUUCGAUCAGCUCUUUGACAUCUCUAAAGACAGGAAGAAUGCUGAAUAUAAGAAGUAUCUGGAGAUGUUGUUGGAAUACCUGCAGGAAUACACAGAUCGUGUCAAGCCUUUGCUGGAUCAGAAUGAGCUCUAUGGAAAGAUUUUGGCAGAGUUUGAGAAGAAAUGGGAGACUGGAAUGUUUCCUGGCUGGCCGAAAGAGACAAGUAGCGCACUGACUCAUGCUGGAGCCCAUUUGGAUCUUUCUGCAUUCUCUUCCUGGGAGGAGCUGGCGUCUCUGGGUCUGGACAGGUUGAAGUCUGCUCUCAUGGCUUUAGGCCUUAAAUGUGGAGGUACAUUAGAAGAGAGAGCACAGCGUCUGUUCAGCACCAAAGGCAAAUCUCUGGAGUCUCUAGAUCCCUCUCUGUUUGCUAAAAACCCAAAAGCCAAGGGACCGAAAAAAGACUCAGAACGCAACAAGGAAUCAGCUUUUCUUGAAGCUCAGAUUUAUGAAUAUGUGGAGAUUUUGGGGGAGCAAAGGCAGCUGACCCAUGAGAACGUACAGCGGAAGCAGGCACGUACAGGUGAGGAACGUGAUGAAGAGGAUGAAGAGCAGCCCAGUGAGAGCGAGAGUGAAGAUGAAGAUAAUGAGAUCAUAUACAACCCCAAAAACUUACCACUUGGAUGGGAUGGAAAGCCGAUUCCAUACUGGCUCUACAAGUUGCAUGGUCUGAACAUUAAUUACAACUGUGAAAUCUGUGGGAAUUACACCUACAGAGGACCCAAAGCCUUUCAGAGACACUUUGCAGAGUGGCGUCAUGCUCAUGGUAUGCGCUGUUUGGGCAUUCCUAAUACAGCCCACUUUGCCAAUGUCACCCAAAUUGAGGAUGCAGUAUCCUUGUGGUCAAAACUGAAGUCACAGAAAGCAUUGGAGCGAUGGCAGCCUGACACAGAGGAGGAGUAUGAAGACUCCAGUGGAAAUGUUGUCAACAAGAAGACUUAUGAGGAUUUGAAACGACAGGGACUGCUGUAGAGUCCUUAACAAUGUACACAUGGAAUUUGCGCAAUGUAAAUACUGAAGCACAAACGUUUCUUUAAGGCAUUGGGAAUAGAGCGGUGCAGAAAUAUUAAUAAAACCUGGAGGAAUGAUUAAUUGUGUGUUCCUACGGGUUUCUAGAAUGGAGUUUAUCAGAUAAUGUCUGUAGUAAGCAAAAUGUGAUGAUACUUUAGUGUUUUGCUCUGCAGUGUGAAUUAGACACACCCGUGUCAAACGCUUAUCUUAACGCUGUUCUCUAUCUUUUAUAAAAGAACAUUUGUUUCUAAUAAGUAACUUUAAAGUUUGGGCUUGGGUUUGAGUAGUUUGCAUUGUAAAACAAAAUGUUAAAAUAUUAUUGAAUAUUUUACCACAGGACUUUUUUUUACUGAUAAAUUGCCUAUAGUGAUCUUGUAAGAACCCAUUGAAUUAUUAAUUGAGUUCUAAUGUCAUUUCUGCAUCACUGUAACAUUCUAAGAUUUGUUCCUGUAGUUUGUGUGAAAUGUGAUUUAUCUUUUUAAUCUGUUUGUACAUUAUUAUUGUUGGGUUAUGUCACAUUUUCUUUUGGCCUCAUGCAUUAGACAGAUACUUUUGUUAUUCAAUAAAUUUUAGUAAAUGAAAAGUGUAUUCAUGAAACAUGUUUACAUUUUUUUUUAUUCAAUACAGUCAAGAGGUUUUCUUAAACCUGCUGCAAAGUUGUAUCAAAUGAUGAAUUGGUUUGACCUUAUUCAGUAAACAUGUCACUGUA